ACCUGGUACACCCCCCCUACCUACAGCAGGUGGCAGCAUUUACCGUUUACACUUGUUGCUAGGCAACCAUGGUAACGAAAAUGACAGAGCUGCACCAAGCAGCUGCAGCGGGGGAUUUUGAUCAAGUUGAGGAGAUUCUGAGGCAAAAUGAAUGCAAUCCCAAUCAGAGAGAUAUCGACUGGAGCUACAAGACUCCUCUUCACUGGGCUGCAGCUAAAGGUAGAUGGUGGAUCAGUGGAAACGUACCAUCCGUAGCUCCUGAUACACCGGCAGGGCACACAGAAACAGUCAGGAUCCUUAUUGAGCACGGAGCCAGGCCGUGUCUGAGAACGGAGCAUGGAUGGACUCCUGCCCACAGUGCUGCAGAGCUUGGCCGGCUGGCUGUCCUCCGGCUGCUGCACUCCCUCCAUGCGCCUAUGGACAAGGAGGACUGCUGCGGAGACAAACCAGUGCGGAUAGCCGAAAUAUAUGGACACCGUGACUGUGUUCGAUUCCUAAAAAAAGCAGAAAUUGAGUGCCAGGCCUACCGCAAGAUGGCAGCCCAGAAAGGGAUUUCAAUGGAUGACACAGACGAGGAGUGGGCAGAACAAGGCAAGGAAAAUGAAGAAAAGAGGAUCUCUAGCAACAUUCAGACGUAGGCUUAACUCCCAUUCAUACAACUAAGUAUGUACUAGAGUUGUGCAUAGUGUUUCAGUGCUUUAGCAAUCAAAAAUGUAUCUAAUGAACAAACAUGCCAUCGU